GUGUGGCCUGCCUUCUUAGAAUGUGACCUCAAUGUAUCUGAGAGCAGAGAGGUUGGCUUUGCAGUGAUCACCCUGGAGGACUUUUAUUGUGCACAGUUGCCAAACAUGUUCUCUGUGGAACUCCAGGUGAUCCUCGUUACUCUCUUCUUGAAUACUCGGUUAAAUGGAUUCUGGUUCACUGUCUACUUGGAUUCCCAUUGUGUUCUAUUAGCCCCAGACGUGUGUGAGGGGAUUGCAGAUGUAUUAGAAGGAUCAAGAUUAUCGAUCAGUGACUCUGUGACAGCACGUGAGUUCCUGUCUCUAUGUCCUGGCCUUGUCAACUAUGUGGAUACUUGCACCAUGACUGUUCAUCACACAGAUGAACAUGAUCAUGGGGGCCAUGGACAUUCGCACAGUCAUCGAAGCUAUAACAGUGAUAGUGGAAAAUUUACUCUGGAAAGUUGGGUUGGAGCUGUAACAAGCAUGAUUGUUAUUGGACUCGCAGGGUUGGCAUGCAUCAUGCUGAUCCCUGCAUUGAAACGUGGUCAGCAUUACGACCGAGUCAACCGCUUCCUGAUGGCCCUGGCUGUAGGAACAUUAGCAGGAGAUGCCCUCAUUCAUCUCUUACCUCAUGCCUUAACCAUGGACAUUUCGUCGAGUGGCAGUACGCAUGUAUUGCAUGCAUUUUAUGGCUACACUGCUCUAGGCGGAAUAAUUUUAUUCCUUUUCUUGGAACGCUUCCACAAUAUCUUUUGUGGAAAUGGUCAUGCUCAUGGACACAGCCAUGAACUUGAAGGGGAUCUCACAAAGAGUAAGGAUGAGAUAGAUAAAGAGACAGUCGGGACAGCGACAACUAUAGAAGAUACUGGGAGUCAGAAUAUAGACAAAAUAGGUGAAAAGCUCUCCAAACAUUCCAAGCAUAAUUCCUUCAUAUAUGCUGAGAGCACCAUGAGUAAGUGUUGUAGAUUUUUAUUAUUAUUCAAUAGUUUCAUUUUUAUGUUCUUGCUAACUUUGAUACUUAUGAAAUACCCAUAAAUGCAGAACACUGUU